UUAAAUGAUAAAAGAGUUACUACUGUUCAAAUAGAUAAGAAAACAAAGUCAAAUGAUAACAGGAAAUCAAUUCAAAAUAUUCCAGAAACUGCACAUUUCUAUACACCCGAUAAUGAAAUAAUUGAUAAAAUUGAUAAAGAUUUAGUUUUAGUAAAAAGUACAUCAAAUAAUGAUGAGGCUAUUCUUAAAAAUGAGAAAGAAAAUAUUGUAAGAAUUGGAAUAUUAUUGAACGAAAAGCCAUUAAUAAAAAAACAAUUAAAUAAAAAUUCUUAUCUUUCAGAUAUCAGAAAGAUAAUUGAAAGUCUAAAAAAUAUUCCAAAAGACUUUGUAUUUAAAGACCAAGAAGGAUUUGAAAUACCAACUGAUGAAGAACAGUCAUAUAAAUUAUCAGAUAUUCUGUAUAAUAACAAGAUCAAUAUAACAACAGAAACGUUUGGUGCUUCAUCAAAUAAUACUGUAGUACCUGUUAGUUCAUUAAAUAUCACUACAAUACCUGUUGGUUCACCAUGUAAUAUUACAGUACCUCAUACUUCUACAAAUAAUACUUUAGUCUCUGAUAGUUCACUAAAUAAUAAUAUGGUUAUAUCUGAUAUUUCAACAAAUGAUACUACAGAUGUGUCUGAACAAAACGUUCCAAUUGAUGGAAGUAAACUAUUGAAAAAUGAAGAAGGAAAAUUGAAAAUAUAUUUAUAUCCAAAUGAAGAAUUUAAUACAAUAGAUGAGAGUGAUGCAAUUGCUAUUUUAGUUGUUGGACAAACAGGAAGUGGUAAAACAACAUUAUUAAAUAGUUUUGUAAAUGCAUUAUAUGGAAUCAAGGUAACAGAUGAUUUUAGAUAUAUAAUUAUAAACGAAGGUAAUUUAGAACAGAGUGAAGAUCAAUCUAAAAGUCAAACAAGUGAAGUAACAAUUUAUAAUAUUAAAAGAACAAAAAGAACACCACCAAUAAAAAUAAUAGAUACACCUGGAUUGGAGAUACAAGAGGAAUUGAAUAUGAUAAAGAAAUUACCAGACAAAUUAAAGAAGCAUUUGAAACAAAAGUAUUAG